GACAUAUUUUUGACAAUUGCUUUUGGUCGUUCUUCAAUCAUUCUUUCUUUGCCUGAUAAAUUUAACUCUUAAACUAUAACCUAAAAGUUAUUUGUGUUAUUUAAUUUUUAUGAAACAUGAAUUUAUCAAGGUAUCAUAAACCGUACUUCAAAUUAAGGGCAAUACUAUCCAGGACAUACUCCCAACCAGCGUUAUUAGAGCAAAAUGAAUACACUGAAACUCCUGAAUAUCCACCUAUUUUGGAUAUGUCCCUCAAAGCUAGAAAACUUAGGGAACGUGAAAUGGUUUAUGAAAAGAUUAAGAACGUAAAAACAGUCGAAGAGAAGCAGAUAGCUCUAAAUAUGCCUCGUUAUUAUGGCUGGCAGUGUGUUAUGCUUCAUGAAAAGAAAAUACCUUAUAAUGCUUUGCCUAUGGUACAAAGUUAUACAAGAAGUCACUUCAGGACUGUGGAAAAGCUUCCAGAUAUAUAUAACGAUACAAACUUAACGGCCAGUGAAAUUGUGAAAGAAAUCAAAGGACAUAUUGAAGAUGCUAUAAAUUUUGAAAUUGAAGGAAUAGAGUAUAAUCAGGAGAUAUCAAAUGCUCACUCAGAAAAGUCACAAGAGGAAGAUGCACAGGCUAAAAUAUUGGUGAAACAAAUUAACAGAAUAAUUAUGAAUAGUCUCACUGAUAAGGUCCCGCAUAUUCUGUCUGCCCAAGUGGAUUAUGACCCUCGUCAUGAAGCAUUUUGGUUUGUUGGAGGAGUAGAUGUACCACUCAAAGUUAUCAAUUGGAGAAAAAUGAACAGAUUGCCAAAAGAUCGUCAUGAGGAACCUUUGGACAGACCAGUUCAAUAUUUAGGAAACCCAUUUCUAACAGUAAGAAGCCAUUUACCAUUAAGACCUAUCAUACCAUACAGUGAAGCAGAUAAUCCAGAGUUUAAGGUAAAGAGAUUUACAUAUCGUCCUGAAACUGCUGGGUACACAAGAGAUCAUCGGCAUGGGACUAACAUACCAGGAUAUUGGCCUGGAGAUCGUGAUGAAUUCGGAUUAAUGUCCUUCCAUGGUCGAGGUCAUAUUCUUGAUAGAAAUCCUUCAUUUGGUAUGGAUGACAAUGAAGAGGCUUUGCACUGUCAAGCCAUGACUUCAAGUUUUGGGUGGCUCCUGGCUCAAGCGAAUUAUCAAGGAUUCACAACUUACAAUGAUCUUACCUAUCCCCUUGUAACACAAACAGUAAUCACCAAUGGCCAAUUAUGGUCCUUCUAUGUGUACCAGCUUAAUACUAUCACCAAUCAUAAUGAUGCUAUUGAUGUAAAUACCAAACAUAACAUUUGUUUUGGCACAAAACCAUUGAAACUCUAUGAAUCUAUAGAAAAUGGAAAAGUCAAAGGGUUGAAUGAAGAUGUUCUGAAAAUGUUAGUACAGUUCUAUAUGAAUUCACCAGAGGAAAGGGAACAUGAGUUGAAGCCAUUUUUAGGAGAUGAUGAACAGGUCGUGGCUGAUAUUGAAGAUGACAAUAAAAGGUGUUGGUUGGAAAAUAGAUACAAAUAUUUAGUAUCAAAUAGACCUAAACAUUUUCUAAAACCAGAAGUAUACAUGUGGGAGAAAAUCUACAAAAUCUACUUCCAAACUAGGUUCUUUGAGCGAAAGGUAAGACCAUUUGAGCUGGGUAUCGACCCAUAUAAGAGACGACUUGAUGAACACCUUCCGCCUUAUAUUCCUAAGGUUCUCCGGCCAUAUCCAAGACACAAGAAGAAGUUUGAGUCUACUUACUAUCCUGAUGUGUAAUUAGAAUAAUAUAUAAACUAGGUUAAUAAAAAAUAAUGUAGUGUAAA